AUGCUUUUUCUAGGGUCACACGGUGUCACUGGGUGUCACGGUAUGCUAUGCGAGCACAUACGAGGAUACGAGCGAUACGAGCCAUACCAACACGGCCACACGCACUCGGAAUCUCGGUGCUCGGCAAGUACGCAUGGCGCUGGCAUCAGCUACGACUACGAUACCUUAGUGUUUCUGACUUUUAUCGUGGUGAUAUUUCACGCUGGCAGGUAUACAAUUUCAGCCGCUAAUCCCAUUACCGUUUUUUCAUUUAUCCACGAUUUGGUACAGUAUAACGUGGCGGGAGUACCACUCAUCCACGAGCAAACGCAGUGGGAUUUCGAGCCAGAGGUCGGUAAACAGAGAAGAGUCAAGUACGAGCAAGAAAAUGGUCGUCACGGUGAAAUUGCGAUAGCAAAGAUUGGCAUGGGUAUUGGACUAUGAGGAUACAAGAUACAAGGUACAACGGACUAUGAGCAACGUUUGCACAAACACGACAACUAAUAGUCAUUUCGAAGAUUGUACUGUUGUAAUCAGAAAUCCAUGUUACGCUAUAAUGGGAUCAAAGUCAUCUUCCCGUUCAAGGCCACGUUCCUUCGCUGUCGCGAAUCACGUUUGUUCGAUCCUUGUCAGGCACAGAAUAGAAUAAAACAUCUGGGUACAGAUACGGUCAAUGGGACACGAACAAUGUCGGUAACAAACUGAAUGGUGAGAUUAAUUAGCUACGCAGUGAUCUUGAACGGUCAAUUGACUUUAUUCCGACUGUAGUCUCUACGAAGGUCUGUUAUACAUAUACAAAUUCGAAUAAUAUAAAUAAAGUCAAGAAAUACGUUUACUCGAAUAAGGAGGGGAUCGGUCAUUUUUACUGUCUAUAAUUUACGCAAAAUAUUUCAUAAAAUGCGGCUAUAAAUGCAAGAUAUAACGAAAGUAACGAACGUUAAUCGAAACGUUAUAAACUCCUGUGAAUACAAACAAAGUUUAAUAGAACGAAUGAAUGCACAAACUUUAUUACGAAACACUAGUUGAAUGAAAAAGUUAUUUCCAGUUUCAAAAUGACGAGAGAAAUUUUUCUCUGACCUUGUGAAAUGUUAACCUGUA